UAUUAAUACACGUAGGAUGGUUAUUAUCUCAGCAGCUAUAUGUGACAAGAAUGGAAUCCUUUUUAUAGGGAGAUAAUUUCAAGGAAUCACAACAAAUGAAUUAAGGGAAGUAAGAAGACUUGUAAUUAUAUUUAGCAAGUUCGUAAUUUUCCUAAAUUGAUUUCACCAACUUAAUAGCAUACAUUUAUAGAUCAUGAGAAUCAAAGAUAUAUAUAUACUCCAAUUGAUAACAUUUAUAUAGUUUUGAUUACUUCAAAAAAUAGCAAUAUAAUUGAGGAUUUAGAAGUAUUAAGGAUAUUGAAGAAUGUCCUAUCCGAUAUCUGCUAAUAAAGUAUUGUUUAUACUUAUGAAUAGUUAGCGAAGAGUCAAUAAAAAAGAAUAGUUUUGAGAUACUUUUAGCCAUUGAUGAUAUAAUAUCAGCAGGAUUGAGAGAAAGCACAACUACAAGUUAAGUUUAGACAGCACUUGAAAUGGAAAGUUCAGAAGAGAAGAUUCAUCUGAUGUUAACUAAAGCAAGAGUAACAAAAGAUAAUUAUAAAACAUUAGGAAAAUGAAGCUAAAGAAUAAGCCAAAAAACAUUAGAUGGAAAUGGAAAGAAAAAGAUAAGAAGAAUUAGCUUAGAAAAGGAAUUAAAAGCAAUCCAAAGCCAUUGAUAAUGCAUUCAAGUUACCAUAAAAUGAGGGUAUUUAUAUAGUAAUUAAGUUAGAAAAAGUAAAUCCAGUGCCCAAACCUGAAGUAAUCAAUGAAAAUUUAAGUACACAAUCCUAAUCCUAAGUGACUCUAAAAUCUAAUGUCAAAUAAGCUCCUAAAAAAGGCAUGUAAUUAACAAAGAAGAAAGAAUCCACUUCAUUCGAAUGAAUUUAAUAUUAAUAAUGCAGAUA